UGUGUAUGUUUCAUCUUAUGUUUUAUUUUGUUCUUUAUUGUUUAAUUUCUUGAUACCCAUAUAAUAUGAUUAUGCACCCAAAGCAGCGGAGGGCACCUUGCCAGCCCAGUCGUGGCUGAAUUAAAAAAAUGAAGUAACCAGGGAAAAAAAAAGGGGCGAAGGUGAUCAGCUUCUGGGGGUGGUUAUUGCGUGUACGGAAAGUCACUGAGAGAAACCCAUCCAUCCACCACCGACCUGCCUCUCUCUCUCUCUAUCUAUAUAUAUAUAACAUAGCUUAAGUCCAACUUGACCCUGACCGCACACUCUAGAUUUUGAUGAGGCGGUCUUGGGCAGGGGCCAAACUGAUGGACUCAUCAUCUUUGAGGACAAACAAAACAAAACGGGGCUUAGUAUUGUGAGGGCUUGGUGUUUGCGUAGUAGAAGCGGAACCAUCCACGUCGGCCAACCCCAGCUCGCAUCACAUGCCCCACAAGCCGCUACGUGGAUGAGAAAACUCCAAAUACCCUUUCAGACUCACAAACAAAGAGAGAAGGGGGAUGAGAUAGGGGACGAUGGAUUAUGUCGGCCAGUGUUGGAUUUAUCUUUAAGGAAGAUCAACGUGGCGGCCUCCCCACUCGACAGAAUAGCAGCCAACUUUGGGGCUGUUUGGGGCACAGAACAAAGGUCGGUUGUGAUGAUGGAAGGCAAGUGUUGUGCGACCACAGAGAAGCGGAAGCAGAGGCAGCAACAAGAGAAGCCUUACAGAGGUAUAAGGAUGAGGAAGUGGGGUAAGUGGGUGGCUGAGAUUAGAGAACCCAACAAGAGGUCCAGGAUAUGGCUUGGUUCAUACUCCACACCGAAAGCCGCUGCCCGUGCCUAUGACACCGCCGUCUUCUGUCUCCGGGGCCGCUCUGCUCGCCUCAACUUCCCGGAGUAUAUAGCGGAAGAAGAUGAGGUUCAGGACUUAUCCGCCGCAUCCAUACGAAAGAAAGCCACCGAAGUCGGAGCUAGGGUUGACGCCAUGGAGACCGCCCUCCACGCAUCAGAACCCAAUUCUAGCAGAGUCUCCGACAAACCCGACUUGAACGAGUACCCUAGCCCAGAAAGUUCAGAUGAUGAUUGACAGCUAUCUCAAACCCACAGAUCAUGAACUUAUGAUCUUGUGUUCCCCUCUAUUACCCAUCUCUUUCUUCUGCAACCAUGGAAGAAGAGAAAAACAAAGGAAUUGUUGCUGGGUAAUCCGAAACUGGAACUAUAAUCCAAAGGAUUAUGUCAAACGGGCAAAGCUGCUUACUCUUUGGUUUUCAUCACUUUGUCAGAUGUAACAACCCAACCCAACAAAGGGGUGUUUAACGGCUAUAGUUAGUUAUUUGAUGAUGGACUUGGUUUUUUUUAUGUUAAUUAUUGUUUACUUA